CCCAAACGAGUAUCUUGUUUCAUCAGAUCUGAUUGUCUCUCUCUUUUAUACAUAUGCAUUUGGUUUAAGCUAAAGUUGAUUUCGACAAUGCAAACUUCAGCCUCAUCACUACAAAGCUUAUUCUGGGGGAAGAAUCUCAGCUAUGCACCAUAUACUUUUAGCAGAACGCUAGAUUUCAUACCUGCUAUGACAUCUCCUCCAUUAGGACCUCAGAGGCUAUCCGUACAAUGUGGAGUUGGGUUCCGCCCUUGCAUUGACAUACACAAGGGAAAAGUGAAGCAAAUUGUUGGAUCAACUCUUCGAGAUUCUAAGGAGGCAGAUACAAGCCUGGUAACUAACUUUGAAUCUGAUAAAUCGGCUGCAGAAUAUGCAAAGCUUUACAGAGAUGACGGCCUUGUAGGUGGCCAUGUGAUUAUGCUUGGUGCUGACCCCUUGAGCAUAGCUGCUGCUACUGAAGCAUUACAUGCUUACCCUGGUGGGUUGCAAGUUGGAGGGGGAAUCAAAACUGAAAAUGCUUUGAGUUACAUUGAAGAAGGAGCCAGCCAUGUCAUUGUCACAUCGUAUGUCUUUAACAAUGGGCAAAUGGACCUUGAGAGACUGAAAGAACUUUCUUCUCUCGUUGGAAGAAAGAGGCUUGUUUUGGAUCUUAGUUGCCGUAAAAAGGAGGGUGAGUAUGUCAUUGUCACAGACAGAUGGCAGAAGUUCAGUGACGUACAUCUCAAUGAGAAAGUCCUGAAUUUUCUUGCAGAGUACGCUGAUGAGUUUCUGGUUCAUGGUGUUGAUGUUGAAGGCAAAAAGCUGGGAAUAGAUGAGGAGCUUGUAGCAUUGCUUGGAAAGUAUUCCCCCAUUCCUGUAACAUAUGCUGGUGGUGUCACUGUGAUGGCUGAUCUUGAGAAGAUCAAAGUCGCAGGGAUGGGGCAUGUGGAUGUGACAGUGGGCAGCGCUUUGGAUAUUUUCGGAGGUAACUUGGCAUACAAAGACGUUGUGGCUUGGCAUUCUCUGCAAGAUUCUAUUGCAGUUUAAGCCAUUCUUAACUUCCCAUUGUUUGUUCAAGUUUUUUGAAUCAUAGCUGAUGGAGUAAUGUUCAGAUGUUACAUGAAUCUUGACCUCAGAUUCAUUUUGCCUAGACUCUCGCGUAGUUUCACCACCUAUUUUAUGAUAUUUUCUAUUUAACAUCUCGAUGUUGGUUGCA